AUGGAAGAUACUCAGAGUCGACCCAGCGGGAUUCCGCGGCCCUCGCGGUUGCCAGUGCCACGCACACAAUCAAGUAUCCCCAAACCGACAUCCACGAUACCCCGCCCGAACUUGACGAUACGUGCCUCCCGAUCAAGAGAUAAUCUUGCUGUCAAAGCCCCCGUGGCAUCAGAGCCAAGAGGGCCCUCCCUGAGAACAUCGGUGUCCAGGGACCAGCUUCGCUCCAGCAUUGGACCUGGGAGUCGGGGCCUAGGAUUGAGAAAUUCAGUCUCACGCGAGCAAUUGUCUACUCUUAGCACUAAUCGGAACUCGAUGUUGGGCAAACCCAAGAUUUCCUCUUCUCGCCGAACGAGCACCGCAAGUGAGGCGAUAUCGCCAACAUUUCCCGUUCAAGGCCAGCGGGAGUCCCAUACCUCCGGGGUUGUUACCCCAUCCAUUCCAGAGCCCUCCACCAAGCCUGAGCAAAUAUCUCCUUCCCAAGUCGAUGGCUCAUUCGCCUAUGACCCAUUGUCCUCGGAAUCUCCUGUCGAAGCUGCAGAUCUAUUGAGCUCCCCCAAACCCCGCAGGACCGGGCCUCGCCCCUCGCUUUCCGAAAGGACCAUCGAAACAUUAGCCAACAUUCAGUCUUCACCAGCUGUCAGUAAACACAGAGCCCCAUCCUUCUUUGACGCAGGCAAACAAAGAUCGCGGACAGGAAGUGGAGCUUCAAGACCAGGCUCAAGCUACAACUCGGAUGGUUCUGCACGGUCAUCUUCUAGGGCAGGCAGUCGCGCCGGUAGUCGAGCAGGUAGUCGGCCUGGAUCCAGGGCGGGAUUCGAAGAGCCUACACCGUCAAGGUUUAGAGCCUCUCUUAACACGAUGAGGCCCCCGCUAUCUACCAUCGAUGGCACACCCUCUUCCAGCCCAUCUAUCACCAUUCCUGGGAAACCUCCAAUGCUCAGAAAAGCUUCUUCGCGGCAGUCGCUUUCCGGUGUCGCUCGGCCCUCGCAUGCAGAGCCCGUUGCAACGCCCACUAAACGAGGGCCAGCUCAGGGGUUGAAAUCAUAUGGUAGCCUGACGCCAAGUGGUGCAUCCAAGACAGUGAGCGGGCGAUUAUCCAAACCGAAAACUCCCGCCAAGAGUCUUUUCAAGAAGCCUUCCUUGCCAACGAUGAACUCAGGGACAGCCUCCAAGGGUCCAUCUCUGGGAGGAAACUGGGAUGGCUCAAUAGCUCCGCCAGUUCCUACCAGCUCGGCAGAAACGGAAAUUCCUGCUCAUCGUAAAUCGUCUGCCGCGCUCCGCGAUCAAAUUGCCAAGGCAAAGGCCGCUAAGAGAGCGGCAAUGAAGCAAGCACCAACCUCUGCUAGUGGAACCGAAACAGCCACACCGGUGGCUAUCCCAGAGGACGAUCAACCAGACUUUGAGUUGAUGCACGGUGACCCUUUUGGUCUGAACAAAGGCGAAGAGCCGCAGAAAAAGGUUCUUGCUCAAAGAGUUGGUGUUGGAAGAACAAGCGGAAGAUUGAAUAUUGCUGCGCUUGGCUUAAAGGAAUUUCCCGCUGAGGUGAUGAAGAUGUAUGAUCUAGACAACAUCGGCUCCGGCAAUGGGAGCUGGGCCGAGAGUGUUGAUUUGACGAGACUUAUGGCGGCCGACAAUGACCUUGAGACACUGGAUGAUAUGAUCUUUCCAGACGUAGACCCGAACAACUUCGAUGAUGAACAAGAAAGUCAAGGAAACAUUUUUGCUGGCUUGGAAACACUUGAUCUGCAUGGCAAUCGCUUGACGAGCCUACCUAUCGGUCUCCGACGCCUUGGUUGCUUAGCCUCUCUGAAUCUUUCGUCGAACCGGCUCACGAAUGACUGCUUAGAAGUAGUCGGUCAGCUCACGUCCCUCAGAGAUCUCAAGAUCGCAAAAAACAACCUAAGUGGUCCUCUAAGCCCAAUUCUUGCAUCAUUGACAGCGCUGGAGAUUUUGGAUCUUCACGGUAAUGCCAUCUCCGCCUUGCCCCAAAACAUCAAUGAAAUGUCCAAUCUGCGGAUUCUUAAUAUGGGCGAGAAUAAGCUCGAGAACUUGCCAUUCAAUGAGUUAGAAAAGCUCCCGUUGACUGAGCUUGUCCUGAAAAAGAACAAUCUGAGGGGAACUCUGAUUGCAGAUGGAACGAUUGGCUUCAAGCAGCUUCAAACACUGGAUAUCGCCUGUAACCAACUCACACACCUCGUGCCUACAGGAUCGACCAUUCAGUUCCCUGUUCUACACACUCUUACUCUUUCGAUGAAUCGUAUCCAGGAACUUCCCGACAUGGUCUCAUGGCCCAGCCUGUUGGCGCUCACGGCCGAUGAGAACAACAUUGCAGCGAUUCCUGAAAGCUUUUUUGGUCUCGAGAAGCUUCGGCAAGCUGAUUUCUCCAGCAACGACAUCCGCGUCGUCCCUCCCGAGCUUGCUCGAAUGGACAAUUUGGCGAUGAUCAGACUCAGUGGCAACCCUCUCCGUGACAAGAAGUUUGUUUCUAUGCCAACAGAAGAGCUCAAAGAGGCGCUUGCAGCCCGGCUGGAGCCACCGCCACCUUAUCACGAGGCGGAGACUGCACAGCCCACAAUCUUGGAUGUCCUCGCGGAUGCCAAAGACAAUGUCAUUGGCCCCCUUGCCAGCCAAGGAGUACCUGACUCUACUAUCGUUAAGGAGGAUGUCGACUCGGACUGGGAAGAAGAUUUCGCGACACCUCCUACAUCUGCACCACACUCGCCAAAUCGCUCUCGGUCCCAAACUGUCUCCAGUAUGAGGUCUCGAGCUCACACGCAGUCGAACGAGGUCUGGCCAGUGAAGCAGGGUGGACUCCUUGACCGAUCUCACACUGAAUCAUCUACCUUGCAACCAGCGAUUUGCGUAAGAAUCGCGGCACAGAACCAAAUCAGACAAGUACACAUUCAUCACAAUAUUUUUGCCAUCAUCCCCCUUUCGCUGAACUCGUUCGCUUCGACGCUCAAUUCUCUAUCCCUAGCCAGCAACCAGCUAAUGGGGGAUGCAUAUCUUGAUGAGCGCUUAGGGUUGCCAGUUCUGAAAGAGCUCAAUCUCUCCUCCAACCGCAUCACCGGUUUUGACUCUCUCAUAAAGCAUCUCGAGGCGCCUAUGCUCGAAAAACUUGAUGUGUCCCUGAACCGCAUUUCCGCUCUCCCGCCACUGAAGGGCUCGUUCCCAAGUCUGUCAGUUCUCCUUGCGUCAACCAAUCAACUCACUGAGCUGGAACCAGACUCUAUCCAAGGCCUCAAGAUUGUUGACGUGUCGAGUAAUGAAAUUGCGCGUCUGGAUCCCCGAAUAGGACUUCUUGGAGGCCCGGGGGGCUUGGAAAGACUUGAGGUAGCAGGUAAUCGCUUCAAGAUUCCUAGAUGGGAUAUUUUGGAACGUGGAACCGCUGCAACAUUACAAUGGCUACGCGGGCGAGUACCCGCGGCAGAGCUCGCUGAAUGGAGAAACGUGAAUGGGGAGGAUGACUUUGAUGAUAUCAACUAG